CCUUCCUCUGCCUCAGCCUCAGCCUCAGCCUGUGCGGCGGCGCUCGGCUUCCUGCUCCGUCGCCGGCGGGCGGGCCGGGGCAGCCUGCGCGGCGCGGCCGCUGAGCGGGACCGGGGAGAGGCUGCGCGACGUGGCCGUGGCCGCCCAGCCCAGGUGGCUUUUUUAAUGCAUUAGUACCAUUUCCUGGCUGAAGAUUAAAGAUGAGAAUAGCAGGUGCUGCGAAGUUGGUGGUAGUUGUAGCAAUAUUUUUAUUGACGUUUUAUGUCAUAUCUCAAGUGUUGGAAAUAAAAAUGGAAGCAAACUUAGGACACAUAUUUGCUAGAUCAGCAUUGGAUGCAGCUGCACGCUCCACAAAACCUCCAAGAUACAAAUGUGGGAUCUCUAAAGCUUGUCCUGAAAAGCAUUUUGCGUUCAAAAUGGCAAGUGGAGCAGCAAAUGUAGUUGGACCUAAAAUUUGUGUAGAAGAUAAUGUUUUAAUGAGUGGAGUUAAAAAUAAUGUUGGCAGAGGAAUAAAUGUGGCCUUGGUCAAUGGUAAAACAGGAGAACCAUUAGACACUAAAUUCUUUGAUAUGUGGGGAGGAGAUGUGGCACCAUUUAUUGAAUUUCUUAAGUCCAUCCAGGAUGGAACCAUAGUGUUAAUGGGAACAUAUGAUGAUGGUGCAACCAAGCUUAAUGAGGAAGCACGGAAACUGAUUGCUGAAUUGGGAAGCACGUCCAUCACUAACCUUGGCUUUAGAGACAACUGGGUCUUCUGUGGUGGAAAAGGAAUUAAAACUAAAAGUCCAUUUGAACAGCAUAUAAAGAACAACAAGGAUACAAACAAAUAUGAAGGCUGGCCAGAAGUUGUUGAGAUGGAAGGCUGUAUCCCUCAGAAGCAAGACUAAAUCAAAACAAAAGGAAAGAAGAAUUAAAAUGGAAGAAAAUGCACUUUCUGCUGUUAUUAGAGAGAGGGCUAUGAAGGAGACUGUACUGUAAAUAAUAUUUUUAAGCAUGCAACCAUCUUGUCAGUGUGUGCAUGAGCACUGACAUUUUGAAUAUCGGGAUUAUUUAUUGCUAACACAUAAAAAUCCUUUUUGUAAAUAUGUUCAAAAUAAACAUCAAAUCAUUUCUAAACAGGUUUCUUAAAAGCACAGUAUUUAGUUUGCCUAUGGUAAAUAAUAUCUCGUAGGUCAACUGGCUAAUAAAUUGCAUAUGCCAAUAAUAAAUAGAUCCUGACAAAUGUACUGUCUUCUAAUAUUGCUGUGAGUAUAUAACCUUUGUGGAAUAUGUAGAUUUUAGUCAUAAGUUAAUAAAAAGCUUUAAUUUUUUUUAUCCUCUGCCUUUUUAGUGGCAGCAUCACUUUUUAUUGAAGCUAAUUGGUUUUUCUAAUAACAAGUGCUCCAGAAAUUUAUUUUGUAGUUCCCCACCAAAACCAAAUACUCUAACAAAGGAAGAAAACAUGAUACUUAAAUACAGAUAUGCCACAAAAAGCACAAUAUGAAUUAUUUUUACUAGGAGGAAAACAAAAGUAAAUGUAUCCAUAGUGUCUGCCUUCUAGCAGCAGUUUUCAGGGUACAACAUUAUGAACCUUUACUGCCUAUGUUACAUCUUAUGUAAACUGAGGUAAUUUGUGCUUACAGUGAGGUAUUAGCAAAAGCAUUGUAUCUAAGGUUAUGUAAUGUGUAACAUUCAAACUUAACUGACAAUUUUCUUUUUUUUUUUUUUUUUUUUUUUCAAAGCAAAAAAAUGGACCAAGUUGAAGUGGCCUUAUUCUUUAGCUCAUAUCAGAGCUGUCAGAAAGCAGCUUUUGUUGGAAACUUCAGUUUCUUUUAAGUAUGGCCCACCUGAGCUUUCACUGAAACCAAGUUAGCAUGGUGUAACUGAAAGUGUUGGUAUUCAAGAAAUAGGGGCUGUCACAGAAUAGAUUAUAAUCUCUUGAAGUUUCAUGCCAUGAGUUCUGGUACAAUCUUCAACAACUUCUAGCUAGUACCAUGGCACAAAAACCACAAAGGAUUUUUCAGGUACCCACAGCCUAAGCUGAAAACAGUGGCGAUCGAAUACUGUUACCAUUGAUGUCUUCUGAGAUGGAUGUGUGCACUAAAAAUUUCAAGCAAUAUUGGGAAUUGCUUUUCAAGUCAAAUAACCUGUGAUAUCAGAGCAAGUCUGGACUCUGAAUUGUUCUGUAUGUUUAACUAGCUUGUUAAAUAAUGUGGUUUUCCCUCAAGUUUAAUGUAGAACAGCAAUAAAAGCACCUUAUUAUGGUGAAAUUGUUUUUGUUAAAUCUUUCAGAUUUUCUUGUUUAGGAGGAUGUGUCAAAAUCAUGUAUAUCUUUGUCAUCAAAUAAAGUAAAACCCUCAUUUCUAUCAAUCA